GUUCCCAGGCCGGAUAGAGUCCGACGAGUAGGAGGAAACAGAUUACACCACCCUUGUUUGUGUAAACCACCCUUUCCCCCGAGCCGGUUUCCUUGCUUCCUCGGAGCGGCCUAUCAGAGAGCAAAAGAGGAAAAACAAGAGAAUAAAGGAACCAGAAAGUUAGAGCCAAACCACUUUGAAAGGGGGGGGGGGGGAUCUAGCAAGUUUGCACCUUGGUCCUUUCCGAUUUGGAUGUUUGCAUUUGAAGUCCAAGUGGAGAAGCUGGUGGAAACCCUGGGCGAAGAAGCUUCCCGACAGUUAUCCGGGGGCAUGACCGCAGGAGGCCAGAGCUCAUGGCUGGGUCUGGCGGAGAACAUCCACGCUUGAUGCUCCUUUUCCUGUUGGCUGCUCUCAUCGAUUACCAUUUACACAACCAUGUUGUCAGCAUCACACUGGAGGAGCCUACGCCAAACUUUGCUGGUGCUCUUCACCUCCGCGCUUCUCAUUGGAAUAACCAUGCUGGCCAUCUCCUCUGACAUCAACCCUGUUGGGUUUUUCUUCCUAGGAGUGGGGGGCCUGUGCUUGGUCGGUUACCUCAUCAGUCUGGUGGUCGAAUAUUACCUGAAGCCACAGAAUCCAACAGAUGAGAAUGGCUCAGCCUCAAGGAGACAAAGUCACGCUCGAGACAAUGAGGCAUAUGAAGCACCAACGUAUGAGGAGGUGGUGGGAACUGGCCAGGUACCGGUCUCAACAGUCUGGACCAUCACCUCUGGAACGGUAACCUCCCAAGCGGAUCCCCCUCCAUACAGCGUGGUUAUUGAGCCACCCACCCACAGUGAAACAGUAGUGGAGGCAUUCAGUGUCUCAGUGGCCCCAGGCACACGGCGUGCCUCGGAAGCAGAUAUGCACAACAAGCUGCGCCUUAGACUGGUGCUCCCACCGAGGCUGCAGCGAUUUGUCUCGGAUAGCCCUGAACUCAAAGGGACUGAAGAUCAUGUGGAGCGUCUGGAGCCACUCACCCCGCCACCUUCUUAUGACAACGUAACUGGCGACGAGGUCUUUGAAGAAGCAGCCGAGCCCACAAGGUUAUGACCUAAUGCCUGGGGGCUUGGAGACGAUCUUGGUACUGCGUUAUAGCAGUGCAUGUGAUAAAUGGCUGGCCAUUUCACUUACUGGGAACAUUCCCAAUUGGGUGCAAGCAGCCAGAAGUGAGCAGAACUAAGCCCUAGCAUCUUCCAGACUCACAGGGGUUGCUUGACUUUGUUCAUCUGGCAGUAGCAGUGAUCCACAUCAGCUAACCAGUCGACUUAUCUCAACACCAUUGCCGGUUGGCUUAGCUUCACAAGAGGGUGAGGGCUGGCAGGGGCUGGCUCCUCUACCAUUUUGACUCCACAGUCAAGCCCUGGUAAUAAAGUGGUAACUCACAAAAGCUUGUGCCACAACAAAUGUGUUCAUCUUCAAGAUCGCACAAGACCUUUCCCCUGUGGAAGUUAGAGCUCUGUCGCCAUACCACUUUCUUUAAACACAUGCUGGGCCCUACAAAUCACGGCCUGUAUUAAAAAGCUUGAAUACUAUUUUUUUUUGGCCAUCAAGUCACAGCAGACUUAUAGUGACAUUCAGAGGUGGUUUGCCAUUGGUUGCCUCUACAUCGUGAUCCUGGUAUUCCUUUUUGGUCUCCCAUCCAAUAUACUGGCUAAGGCCAACCCUGCUUAGCUUCCAAGAUCUGACAAGAUCGAACUAGCAUGAGUAAUCAUACUUCGUCUUAAUGUGCAUCUCCUCUUAAAAAAAAUCUCAUAAGAAAUGUACACUUACAGCAAUCAUAGGACUACUGUGUGGCUUGCUGUGUCUCCCAAAUACUGUUUAUGUGUUCUUGGACAAGUAGCACAGGCUGCUUGGAAGCUAGCACUUCAGGAGGUUUGGUAAAAUUCCCAUGGGAAGGAUUUUUAAUCAUAUCUAAUAGCUGAUAAUGGAAACUUGUGGGUGAGGAGGGAAGAUGAUGGGGAUAGCAUCAUUGAAAUGUAAGAGAAAAAACAGUUGAUAGUUGUGUCUCGCCAUUGGACCAAUUCUAGCGGCUAAAGCAAAAAAUAUAAAUAAAAUGUGAGCACAUGGUUGAGUUGGUUUCUGGUUCAGACGUUCACUGGGUGAGGUGAUUCAGAUGUUUAUUGGGUGAGGUGAUUCAUUCCAAAGCUAGAUACGUUUUUACUUUGUUUAUGUUGUGCUAUAUUGAGACAUGUCAUCAUUCUCAUUAAGUUCUGUUGGCGGAGUUUCAUAUUCAGCCCAAUAAAAAAGGAAGUAUCGGGCAGGA